UUUGAAGUUAUAGAUAUAGUAAAUCAAUCUCCUUCAAUUUUGGAACUAUACUACUGCAAGGUUGUGAAUUAUAUGAUACCACAAAAGAUUGUGAAUUAUAAGAGAUUGAUUUUAUAGCUGUGGUUUCCCAACUUCAUUCUUUAUUUUUCAUUUUUUGGUUUGUUGUCUGUUUUGCUACAGUCGCGAUCUUUGUUUGUCAAGAACCUGAAUCUCAAGACUGCUGAUGAAAUUUUGAAAAAGCACUUUGGUGAACACAUGAAAGAAGGGAGAAUCCAAAGUGUCAGGAUAAAGAAGCACAUGAAAAAAAGGGAAGAAUGUUUCAAUGGGUUUUGGCUUUAUAGAGUUAAUUGAUUCUGUGGAAACAGCUACAAAUAUCUGCAGAGAUCUACAAGGAACUGUUUUGGAUGGCCAUGCUCAUAUUUUGCAACUUUGCCAUGCCCAGAAGGAUGAACAUGCAGUGAAAAAGGCUGGGAAGGAUAAGAGUUCUACAAAACUACUUGUGAGAAAUGUAGCUUUUGAGGCAACAGAGAAAGAUCUCACACAACUAUUUAGCCCAUUUGGCCAGGUUCUGGAGAGAGCGAAGGAAGGUGAGAGCUUGGAAGAAUUACGGGCUCGCAGCCUCGCACGGCUGGCAGCACAAUUUACCGAGGAGCAAAAUGGUUUCCAGAAUCCAGCCAAGUUAUCCAAAAAGAGGAAGGACGUCACUAACUUGGACCAAGAAAGCAUGAAGUUCUGGAGAAUAACAGACUAGUGCUUUAAGCAAAUAUUUUCUUGUAUUAUGGAGCAGAGAAGAACCGGGUUUGUCAAUGGUUUUAGGUUGUAGAUUUACCUUUAUCUUAGCUGGCCCCAGUUUGCUUUGUUAGGAGCUGAUUUUUGUUUACUACUGUUUUGUCUAAGCAAAUGAGUGACUGAAUUUUCCUUC